GGGGAUUGCUCACAUCCAUCCCUGGCGUGUCCCACCUCGGCCACCCCCUGCCCGCCGGUGCCUGCGUGUCACAGGGUGGAGGGUGUCCCCCUGGGGUGUCCCCGGGGCGGCAGGACUGCCACUGCCUGUCCCCCCCACAGACAUCAUGGCUGACAAGGAGGGGGUGACGCUGUCACUGGAGGAGGAGGAGGAGGGGGAUGCCGACGUGGCCCUGGCGUACAAGACGCCGGAGAAGAAGAGCCUGCGGGAGAUCCAGGAGCUGGACCCGGGGGACGAGAGCCUGCGGAAGUACAAGCAGGCGCUGCUGGGUGCCAUCCCUGCCGCCGUGGAUGCCAGCGUGCCCAACGUGCAGGUGACGAGGCUCACCCUGAUGUGCGAGCAGGCACCGGGGCCCAUUACCAUGGACCUGACAGGAGACCUGGAGAUGCUGCGGAGCCGGGCCUUUGUGCUGAAGGAGGGGGUGGACUACAGGGUGAAGGUGUCCUUCAAGGUGAACAGGGAGAUCGUCUGUGGGCUGCGGUGCCUGCACCUCACCUACCGCCGGGGCCGGCCUGUGGACCGUGACGUCUUCAUGGUGGGCAGCUACGCGCCACGGGCCGAGGAGUACGAGGUGGUGACGCCGGCGGAGGAGGCGCCGCGGGGCUGGCUGGCACGGGGCUCCUACCGCGUCCGCUCCCUCGUCACCGACGACGACAAGACGGAGCAUCUCUCCUGGGAGUGGGGCCUCUGCAUAAAGAAGGCCUGGGAGGACUGACACCACCCCCCCAUCCCUUCACCUCCCCCCAAAUCCGCACCCCAAUGUCCCCCCUGCCCGCCUGGGGACGCGGUGCCUGCCAGCCCAGGGGACACCUCGCUGGCACCGCCGCCCUCGCCCCGCUCCUGUGACGGGUGGGUGUGAGGGUGGGGGGGUCCUUUAGCGAGCGGGUGCCCACGGCCGUGGUCUUUGCAACCAAAGUUAUUUUUAAUUG